GGGCUUAAAGUGUUUACAAGAAGUUCAGCGUCACUGACUAAGGCGUCGGAGGAGCAGCUGCUAACGUUCUUUGUUCAAACUAGGGACGCUAGCUUUCCUAUUUUGAUCGAUCGAUUGCGCCCGUUAGAAAAUGAUUCAUUGUUGCUCAGAGUCAAUAAAUACCGAAUCAUCUGAAUAACUUAUUUCAUUCUUAUCAAGAAAGCUUUUCGGCAAGACCGCAAGCGAGAGAUAUUCACUACAACUCCAAACUAGCCAAGAAUCUCGUUUAAAAUGGCGCAAGAUCUGAUAGAUGUGGAUGAUAUUGUUGAGAAGUUUCUCGUAAAGAAAAUGUAUAAAAAGUCAGGAUGGCCUCAUGAUACAAUAGCUGCAUGCAAGAUCAUCUGUACUGAUAAAGAUGGCAAAACAUGGGUAUCUCAUCAGAUCUACAGGAAUGAUGAGAAUGAUCAUGCAGAAGUAAAGCUCAUUAAAUACCUUCGAUGGCUUGGAAAAGCAUUAGAGGCCAGGGAAAUUAUUAUUAAGGUUUACAUGAACUACUCACCCUGUUACAAGUGUGCUAGAAAAAUACUGAAAUAUAAAGGAGAUAUGGAAGAUAAAAUAAAAAUGACCAUUACAUUUGCAAACUUUUAUAACACACAUGUACAUAGAGGAAACAACCGGGAUGAAGCACGCGCAAAUAUUGAAGAGCUAAAGGAGCUGUAUGAGUAUGGAGAACAUGCGGUGAAACUUCGAUUGCUUGGAAGGGAUGUAAAAUGGGAAACAUUCCUAGGCAUGGAUGAGUUUUUUAGGUUUGAGGAAGGAGAAGAGGAUGAAUGUUUGGAUAAGGCUCGCUCAGACGAAAGAAAACGUAGGGAGGUUCAAGAUGAGAUGGUGUGGGACGAAAUCUUCAAUGACGGGGUCGGAGUAAUCACAUCAGGACUAGAUAAUGAUAUAUUAGAGGAACUUCGAAAGGAUAUGGAUGAGCUAUCGGCUAGCGACUGAUCUACGGUAAGGGACACAUAUUCGGUAGAAAACAUGACCAAGUGCAUGAGAUUUGUUAUUAAGCUUUAUUAUUAUUCCUUAAUUUAACUGAGACAAAGAAUGUUUUGUUAUCGUAUCCCCAGCAAAUGGACUGAUUAGUAGCCUAAAGCUGACUGGCUUUAAAUACAUGUUAAGGAAAAAUCUUUUGAAAUUGCCUAAUUUUAACUCGGCUACAUUACAUUAUUGUCUAGAUCUCUUGGUAUUUCAGCUGAUUAAUACUUCAAUAGAUCAUUUGGUAUUGAUAUUAGUAUCAGUAUUUUAGUUAUAAGAUUAUUGUCUCUUGGUAUUUCAGCUGAUUAAUACUUUAAUAGAUCAUUUGGUAUUGAUAUUGGUAUCAGUAUUUUAGUUAUUAGAUU